AUGAGCAAGGAAAGACCCAAGAGGAAUAUCAUUCAGAAGAAAUACGAUGACAGUGAUGGGAUUCCAUGGUCAGAAGAAAGGGUGGUACGUAAAGUCCUUUACUUGUCUCUGAAGGAGUUCAAGAAUGCCCAGAAGAGACAGCAUGGUGAAGGCAUUGCUGGGAGCCUGAAAACAGUGAAUGGGCUCCUUGGUAAUGGCCAGUCUAAGGGAUUAGGACCAGCAUCAGAACAGUCAGAGAAUGAGAAGGAUGAUGCAUCCCAAGUGUCCUCUACUAGCAACGAUGUUAGUUCUUCAGAUUUUGAAGAAGGGCCGUCGAGGAAAAGGCCCAGGCUGCAAGCACAAAGGAAGUUUGCUCAAUCUCAGCCGAAUAGUCCCAGCACAACUCCAGUAAAGAUAGUGGAGCCAUUGCUACCCCCUCCAGCUACUCAAAUUUCUGACCUCUCUAAAAGGAAGCCUAAGACAGAAGAUUUUCUUACCUUUCUCUGCCUUCGAGGUUCUCCUGCGCUGCCCAACAGCAUGGUAUAUUUUGGAAGCUCUCAGGACGAGGAGGAUGUCGAGGAGGAAGAUGAUGAGACAGAAGAUGUCAAGACAGCCACCAACAAUGCUUCAUCUUCAUGCCAGUCCACCCCCAGGAAAGGAAAAACCCACAAGCACGUCCACAAUGGGCACGUUUUCAACGGUUCCAGCAGGUCAUCACGGGAGAAAGAACCUGUUCAAAAACACAAGAGCAAGGAGGCCACUUCCGUCAAGGACAAGCACAGUGAUCACCGGGCCGACAGCCGGAGGGAGCCGGCUCCAGCCAACCAACCCCCCUCAGCCCCCGCCUCUGGCUCCUCGGCCAAGGGGCCCACUGCUAACCACCACCAUCCCCCUCUGCAUCGGUCGGCUCAGGACUUACGGAAACAGGUUUCGAAGGUAAAUGGAGUCACUCGAAUGUCAUCUCUGGGUGCAAGUGCAACCAGUGCCAAAAAGAUGCGCGAAGUCAGGCCUUCACCGUCCAAAACUGUGAAGUACACUGCAACCGUGACGAAGGGGACUGUCACAUACACCAAAGCCAAGAGAGAACUGGUCAAGGAAACCAAACCCAAUCACCACAAGCCCAGUUCAGCUGUCAACCACACAAUCUCAGGGAAAACUGAAAGUAGCAAUGCAAAAACCCGCAAACAGGUGCUAUCCCUCGGGGGGGUGUCCAAGUCCACCGGGCCCGCCGUCCACGGCCUCAAGGUCAGCGGCCGGUUGAACCCAAAGUCAUGCACUAAGGAGGUGGGGGGCCGGCAGCUGCGGGAGGGGCUGCGGAAUUCCAAGCGGAGGCUGGAGGAGGCACACCAGGCGGAGAAGCUGCAGUCGCCCCCCAAGAAGAUGAAAGGGGCGGCCGGCUCUGCCGAAGCCCCCGGCAGGAAGGCGGCGGCCCCGGCCCCGGCCCCGGCCCCGGCCCCGGCGGAGAAAGCUCUGCUGAACGGACACGUGAAGAAGGAGGUGCCCGAGCGGAGCUUGGAGAGGAACCGGCCGAAGCGGGCCGCAGCCGGGAGGAGCGCGCCGGGCAGACAAGCACAUGGCAAGGCUGACGGCGCCUCCUGUGAAAAUCGUUCUACCUCGCAAUCAGAGCCCUUGCACAAGCCGCAGGAGGCGGCGGCCAAGCCCGAGAAGGGGUCCGGCCGGGUCGGGUGGGCGGCCAUGGAUGAGAUCCCCGUGCUCAGGCCGUCGGCUAAGGAGUUCCACGACCCACUCGUCUACAUCGAGUCGGUGCGCGCUCAGGUGGAGAAGUACGGCAUGUGCAGGGUCAUCCCCCCUCCGGACUGGCGGCCCGAGUGCAAGCUCAACGACGAGAUGCGGUUCGUCACGCAGAUUCAGCACAUCCACAAGCUGGGCCGGCGCUGGGGCCCCAACGUGCAGCGGCUGGCCUGCAUCAAGAAGCACCUCAGAUCUCAGGGCAUCACCAUGGACGAGCUCCCGCUCAUAGGAGGCUGCGAGCUCGACCUGGCCUGCUUUUUCCGACUGAUUAACGAGAUGGGCGGCAUGCAGCAAGUGACUGACCUCAAAAAAUGGAACAAACUCGCAGACAUGCUGCGCAUCCCCAAGACUGCCCAGGACCGGCUGGCCAAGCUCCAGGAGGCCUACUGCCAGUACUUGCUGUCCUAUGACUCCCUGUCCCCCGAGGAGCACCGCCGGCUGGAGAAGGAGGUGCUGAUGGAGAAGGAGCUCCUGGAGAAGCGGAAGGGGCCCCUGGAGGGCCACACGGAGCAGGACUACAGCACGUUCCACCCCCUGCCCCGCUUUGAGCCCAAGAACGGGCUCAUCAACGGCGUGGCCCACAGGAACGGCUUUCGCAGCAAGCUCAAGGAGGUGGGCCAGGCCCAGCCCAAGACAGGCCGGCGGCGACUCUUUGCUCAGGAAAAGGAAGUGGUGAAGGAAGAGGAAGAGGACAAAGGCGUCCUCAGUGACUUCCACAAGUGUAUAUAUAAGGGAAGGUCUGUUUCUUUAACAACGUUUUAUCGAACAGCAAGAAACAUCAUGAACAUGUGCUUCAACAAGGAGCCUGCGCCAGCUGAAAUUGAGCAAGAGUACUGGCGGCUCGUGGAGGAGAAGGACUGCCACGUGGCGGUGCACUGCGGCAAGGUGGACACCAACACUCACGGCAGCGGGUUCCCCGUGGGGAAAUCGGAACCGUUUUCAAGGCACGGAUGGAACCUCACCGUCCUCCCCAAUAACACAGGGUCCAUCCUGCGCCACCUCGGUGCUGUGCCUGGAGUGACAAUUCCCUGGCUAAAUAUUGGCAUGGUCUUUUCUACCUCAUGCUGGUCUCGAGACCAAAACCACCUUCCCUACAUCGACUACUUACACACUGGUGCUGACUGCAUUUGGUAUUGCAUUCCUGCUGAGGAGGAGAGCAAGCUUGAGGACGUGGUGCACACCCUGCUGCAAGCCAACGGGACCCCAGGGCUGCAGAUGCUGGAGAGCAACGUCAUGAUCUCCCCGGAGGUGCUGUGCAAGGAGGGCAUCCAGGUGCACAGGACCGUGCAGCAGAGCGGCCAGUUCGUCGUCUGCUUCCCCGGAUCCUUUGUGUCCAAAGUGUGCUGCGGCUACAGCGUCUCUGAGACCGUGCACUUUGCCACCACCCAGUGGACAAGUAUGGGCUUCGAGACGGCCAAGGAAAUGAAGCGUCGCCAUAUAGCUAAGCCAUUUUCCAUGGAGAAGUUACUCUACCAGAUUGCACAAGCGGAAGCGAAAAAGGAGAAUGGCCCCACUCUCAGUACCAUCUCGGCCCUUCUGGAUGAGCUCAGGGAUACGGAGCUGCGGCAGCGGAGGCAGCUGUUCGAGGCCGGCCUCCACUCCUCUGCCCGCUACGGCAGCCACGACAGCAGCAGCACCUUGGUGGAUGGGAAGAAAAAGCCUCGAAAGUGGCUGCAGUUGGAGACCUCGGAGAGGAGGUGUCAGAUCUGCCAGCACCUGUGCUACCUGUCCAUGGUCGUUCAGGAGAAUGAGAACGUGGUGUUCUGCCUGGAGUGCGCCCUGCGCCACGUGGAGAAGCAGAAGUCCUGCCGAGGGCUGAAGCUGAUGUACCGCUACGACGAGGAACAGAUCAUCAGUCUGGUCAAUCAGAUCUGUGGCAAGGUCUCUGGUAAGAACGGCAGCGUGGAGAACUGUCUCAGUAAACCGACACCAAAAAGGGGGCCCCGCAAGAGAGCAACGGUGGACGUGCCACCUUCCCGGCUGGCAUCCUCCAGCUCCUCCCGGAGUGCAGCGAGCUCGUCCUGA